UUUCGAGAGUCACAAGUCCUGAUGCCGGUAUCUGAUACCGCAGCUGGAGUUAAGUAACACAGCUGUUUGCUGCACAUCUGUCCCUGUGUUAUCGCAGGGGAUUUAGUGAAUAGAGGAGCGCUCGCGCCAAACGGAACGUUGAACCCAGAGGGAGGGGACGUGACGUCACCGCGCAGGAACAGCGUGUGUGAUCGCGCGCGCCAUCGGAGACCCGAGAGAUCAACUAUGGCGGAAAGGUAGGGAAGACGUGCACCUAACAAGGGGAUUCAGCAUCAGCUAGCUAAAAUCUGACCGACACACCAGCCUCCAUCUGCUCAACCGGAAGACUUUCUGUCCUGACGCUGUUGGUUGUGCGCAACGCCAGGCCCCGGAACACGAAAAGAUGCCGAAUAUUAAGAUUUUCAGCGGGAGCUCCCACCAGGAUUUGUCUCAGAGAAUCGCCGACCGCCUCGGACUCGAGCUGGGGAAGGUCGUCACGAAAAAGUUCAGCAACCAAGAAACAUGCGUGGAGAUUGGAGAGAGCGUACGUGGCGAGGACGUGUACAUCGUACAGAGCGGCUGUGGAGAGAUCAACGACAACUUGAUGGAGUUGCUGAUUAUGAUCAACGCCUGCAAGAUAGCAUCCGCCUCCCGUGUCACCGCGGUCAUCCCCUGUUUUCCUUACGCCCGUCAAGACAAAAAGGAUAAGAGCCGAGCGCCAAUCUCCGCCAAGCUGGUGGCCAACAUGCUGUCGGUCGCAGGAGCAGAUCAUAUCAUUACCAUGGAUCUGCAUGCCUCUCAGAUACAGGGUUUUUUCGACAUACCUGUGGACAACCUGUACGCUGAGCCUGCUGUGCUGAAGUGGAUUAAGGAAAAUAUCCCCGAAUGGAAGAACUGCACCAUUGUCUCUCCAGAUGCUGGAGGAGCUAAAAGGGUCACGUCUAUAGCAGACAGGCUGAAUGUUGACUUUGCCCUCAUUCACAAAGAGAGGAAGAAGGCUAAUGAGGUGGAUCGCAUGGUGUUGGUGGGAGACGUGAAAGACCGGGUGGCUAUCUUGGUUGACGACAUGGCUGACACAUGUGGUACCAUCUGCCAUGCCGCUGACAAGUUAAUUUCAGCCGGGGCUACCAAGGUGUAUGCUAUCCUUACCCAUGGCAUUUUCUCAGGGCCCGCCAUAUCGCGCAUCAACAACGCCUGCUUCGAAGCUGUAGUUGUGACCAACACCAUUCCACAGGAAGAGAAGAUGAAGCAUUGUCCCAAAAUACAGGUCAUCGACAUUUCAAUGAUCCUUGCAGAGGCUAUUCGGAGGACCCACAACGGCGAGUCAGUCUCGUAUCUCUUCAGCCAUGUCCCCUUGUAACCCCUCCUCCAUGCGCAUCCCUUUAUUGUGCUUUAUUACCAAAAAAAAAAAAAAACAAGGGAGCCUGACCCCAA